AUGUUGUUUGAGCAGGCGCCCGAGGCCUUGGCGACCGCAGAGCCUAAGAUGCAGAAAACCGCCUACUACGACAACUCGACGCUCUUCGGGGCUUACGGCGGCAGCGGCGGCUACGGCAAAGCGGACGCCUACGGCUACACCACAGGCCCGCCUCAGCCCUACGCCCAGCCCGCUCUGGAGACUGACUACCCAGGGUCGGCUUGCUCCCUCCAAAGCGCCGCCCCUAUCCGAGGAGCGCCUCCUGUUCACAAAAGCUCGGAGCUUGGCGGAAGCUGCAUGCGGCCCGGCGGGGGAAGCCAGGCGGUCCCUCAGCCGCCGCCGGGCCUGGGCGACCAACAACAGCCGCCGCCUCAGCAACAACCGCCGCCGCCCCCUACAAUGCCCUCUCCCUCCCCGCCUAACAACGCCACCCACGCGGGGUCUGCUAAGAAGGGCAAAAGCGGGCCUAAUUCUUCCAACGGCUCCCCGUCCACGAUUAGUAAGCAGAUCUUCCCCUGGAUGAAAGAAUCGCGGCAGAACGCCAAGCAGAAAAACAAUUGCCCGCCCGCAGGAGAGAAUUGUGAAGACAAGAGCCCGCCUGGCCCAGCUUCCAAGAGAGUCCGCACAGCCUAUACAAGCGCUCAGCUGGUGGAGCUGGAGAAAGAAUUCCACUUCAACCGCUAUCUCUGCCGUCCGCGCCGUGUGGAGAUGGCAAACCUUCUCAACCUGACUGAGCGUCAGAUCAAGAUCUGGUUUCAGAACCGUAGGAUGAAAUACAAAAAGGACCAGAAAGCCAAAGGGAUUAUGCACUCCCCAGUCGGCCAGUCUCCAGACCGAAGUCCACCCCUAAGCGGUCCAAGUCAUGUUGGCUAUACCAGCCAGUUGCCCAGUGUUGGGGCCCUGAGCUACGACACUGCCCCAUCGCCAACCUCCUUUGCCAAGUCGCAACAAAAUCUGUAUGGCCUGGCUGCCUACACAGCUCCGCUCAGCAGCUGUUUGCCCCAGCAGAAAAGAUACCCUGGAGCUGAGUACGACCACCACACCAUGCAAAGCAAUGGGGGUGGUUUUGCCAAUCCUAGUUUGCAGGGUAGCCCUGUCUACGUUGGAGGGAACUUCGUGGAUUCCAUGCCAGCCUCCGGCCCGAUGUUCAACAUCAGCCAUCUCUCUCACCCUUCCUCUGCUAGCGUGGACUACAGCUGCGCUGCUCAGAUCCCCGGCAACCAUCAUCAUGGACCUUGUGACCCCCACCCCACCUACACAGAUCUCACUUCUCAUCACACAUCUCAGGGAAGGAUUCAGGAAGCCCCCAAACUAACACAUCUGUAG